AUGUCGGCCAACGACAAGAUCAAUUCCGACCACGUUGAACAGCUCGAGUGUCCACAGAACGAAGCCUACCUCGCCGGAGCCAUUGCCCUUGCCAGUCUGUUCAGCAGCUGUGUCGAGGCCUUUGGCUUGAUACAUCCCAGCCAACAAUGGAACAAGGCCGAGCAGCUGUUGUUGACUCGUCUGGGCCUCCAGCAGGCUCGACUGCUGAUAUGGGGAUCCGUGGUGGGCAUUGCAUCGCCGCCCGCCCAAGUCACCACCAAAGCAGUGCCCAAGAACCCCAGCAUGGCCUAUCCCGAUCUCGCCGAGCCGACCUUCUUCGAUGCGCGCGAUCCCAGGCUAGACGAGCCUGAUCUCCGGACCACCAUCGAACAGACCCUCAGUGCCAUUGUCGACCGCUCCUCUAGCAGCACGCGAGAGGAAAUGAUGGCCAAAUUUGGCUUGAAGCCGCCCAAGAAGAUUGGUCCUAUCUUGGAGCAGGCCAUGGACACAACCAGGUUGGAAAGCUUUCGGGAAAAGCACGAGCUACUGAAGGAGGUGGCAGAGGAUGUCGCACAAUUGAACACGAGGCGGAACCAAUCGCUGGUCUACACAUCUUGGAUGAUUGCUGAUAUCCACAAGUUUGGCAACUUCAUUGACCUGACGCAAGAAAAGGUCGACUAUUUGAUCAACUUGCUCGAUGUCAAGGACAAGGUCGACCGGGCCAUGCGCAUGGACAUUCGAAUCUUUGGUUGGCAUGUGAUUCCCGAUCGCGCACGGACGGCACUGGAUAUAUCCAAGCUGCGCAUGUUGCAGGAAAUCUGCUCCAAGGACUAUCCCGAGUACUUGGUGGCAAUCCAGCAAGCUUUAGACAAUAUCAGUCGCGAGACACGAGAA